AUGGCGGAUAAUAAUAAACAAAUAAGUAGUGAAAGUAUAUGCCUUACCAACGGAUCGAGCUACAAUUCACUUAGUGAGAAUGAUAUUAACGAAAUUAUAGAACAAUAUCAUGAAGAGGAGGAGAUGAACUUUGAGAUGAGUAACGAUACAAAAUCCGGGAAGCGAGUUAGAUCCGAUACAGAAGAAGAGACUGAUACAGAAUGGCGAGUACAAAGAAAGGGAAAGAAGAUGAAAGAACAAGAUAAAAUUGAAUUGUAUAUUUCAUGGAAUGAACAGUUACCUAAACAAUUCGCGUUAGCGAAACUCUUUAAACAGGAAGACAUAAAAGAUAUUAUAAAAGUUAAGUAUAUAAACCAGUUCAAGGUACGAGUUGAAUUUAGUAAUGAGUUGAGCGCAAUAAAGUUUGAGCAGUGUAAAACUUUUAUUGAGAAAGGAUGGAGAAUUCAUAGGGCUAUGGAGAAAAGUUACUCAUACGGAGUAAUAAAAGAUGUCGAUAUGGAUAUUUCUGAAGCCGAAAUACUAAAAAGUAUUACUUGUCCGAAUGACAUACAGUUGGUGUCAGCUCUUCGACUUAACAGACGUAAUAGAAUCAAGGAUUCGGAUGAGCGAUGGUUACAGAGCGAAGCUGUUCGACUUUGUUUUAAAGGAACGAAUAUUCCCGCUUACAUUUACGUCGAUGAACUAAGAAUAAAGGUGGAUCCUUACAUAUUCCCAGUUACACAAUGUACAAGAUGUUGGAAAUUCGGACACUCAUUAAAAACAUGUUCGUCGAAAAUAGUUUGUCCGAAAUGUGGCGAUAAUCAUGAGAAUUGUGUUACUGAAAAUUUUAAAUGUGUAAAUUGCAAAGGAAAGCAUAUACGGCUAUGA